UUGCUAUUGAUCUUCAUCCCACAUCAAGCAGGCUCUCUCUCACUCUCUUCCACUCUACCUUCUUUUUUGAGUUGAUCUCAACCUUUUGCCAAGUUCUGUGAACUUUUCCAUUCUCUCAGCUCUUUACCAUUCCUCUUUUUUAAUCCCUUUACCUCUUCAUCGUCAAUAUGAAGGUUACCACCUGCAUCGCUAUGAUCCUGGCUGCGGCCACCUCCGCUGCUGCCCUGCCCAUGGCGCAGCCCAUUGGCAGCACCAGCACCGCUCUCCAAACCCGCCAAAACCGCAACAACCAGAACAACCAGAACAACCAGAACAACAACAACGGCAACGGCAACAACAACAACAACAACAACGGCGGCGGCAACAACAACGCUGGUGGCGCCGCCGGUGGCGCUGCCGGUGGCGCCGCCGGCGGAGCCGCCAACUUCGGAACCUGCGUCCCUACCAUCGAGUUCGCCCUGGGCCGGCCCGGCCGCCAGGCGAACCAGGGCACGUUCCUGCCCGUGGACCCGGCCAUCCUGCGCGGCCAGUCCGACGCCCUGGCGCCCGGCAUCAUCAUGAACCGCGUGUGCGAUCAGCUCAACUCGCGGACCUGCGGCGCCAACCAGGCCGCCAUCCAGCAGUGCCUGUCCGCAAAGGCCCAGGUCGAGGCCGCCGGCACCAGGGACGCAACAACCGCGACCCUGUUUAACAGCUUGGUCCAGUAAUGUUCUUGGAGGGGUUGUUCUUUCGACACGUUGCAGGAUUUUAUGAUCUGUUUUGUUUCUCCUCGCUGGAGCCUGUUUCUUGCGAUGUUUUGGGCGGGGUUGCGUCUGCUUUAGCUCCAUGGUGUAUGCUCCUUGGAGAGGCAUGGGCCGACACAAAGUGUCUUUCUAGGAUCAUGAGAGAGAAAGAAGAUAUUUUGCUGUCGACAGUGUGUUCAUUUUUCUUGCUUGAAUGUGCCCCCUAUCUUUGUCCUCGUUCUUUUGAGUGGUGGCCUUCUACACAAGACCUCUGAUCCGGCCAUGGAAAGGGCAGCAAUUCGCCCCAGUUUUUCCACCAGCGAAUUUCUCCGCCAAUAAUCUUGAUAUUGUGUCCUGCAUAUUCCCAUUGUAUUCUCCAUUCUCUCUGGAAUAUCAUCAACCCGUAACCGGACAAAAGAAGGCAGGAAACUUGGACCCGGGAUGCGGAGGCCUCACACGCCGGCAUAAGACGCACUCAGGGCCUCAGGCCCUGUUCGUCACAGGAUAUCUUGGCACCAAGUCUGGGCACGGCACGGCAGCUCGGUUCUGGAACACGCUGCAAAACGCGAUGCAGCCCCUGGCCCAGAUUCUUCGCUCGCCGCGGAGUGAAGAGUCCGGUGCGGGGGGGCCGCAGCGGGAAUUGCCCAGCUUUGCUCUGGGACAUGCUGGAUUAAAUCCGACUCUGCUUAAUCCUAGGUAUUGGAUCGCAGCGCCAACCAAAGAAGACCAAAGAAAAAGAAUGGAGUUGGAUUAAGCUCAAUGUUGAUCUACGAAAGCCAAUUCUGCCAAGCAUCCCAGUAAUCUGCCUAAAUUCGACCGGCGAUCCGCUGUCGUUCAGGGACCC